GUGCAAGGCUGCUGCCUCCUCCCCUCCCCUCACUGAGGCUGAGCCCGGGGGAGGAGCCGCGGGAUCGGGCGGCGACAGCGUGGACGCGCGGGGCGCGGCCACGAGCCAUUGGCCGGGAUAAAAGCGGCGCCGCUGCCCCGGGCCGGGACGGAGCCGCACCGACCGCAGCAGCGAGCAGAGCCAAGAUGGAGAUGAUGAGCGAGUUGAUCCCUUUUGCUCGGGAGAUGCUGAACCAACGGCCCAACAGGAAGAUGCUGAAGAUCUACGCGGUGGGCACAGUGCUGGCGUUCCUCGGGGUGGUGGUUGGGCUGGUCGAGACAGUGUGCUCCCCGUUCACAUCGAGUGAGGGAGGGGAGCAGCUGCAGGAAGCCCCACUGCCCCGAGCCCAGCACAAGGAGCCGCACAAGCAGAAUGAGAAGGAGGAGCCAAGCCCAAUACGGCACCGGAAACAUGCCUCCUGACCCUCCCGGAGAGGCAGGAGGGCGCGGGGCUGCAGAGCAGCCUCCAGGGACUGGGCUACUGAUCCGCUCGGAACUCAAGUACAAGUUUCGGUAGAAGGUCUGCAGUUUGCUGCUGUGCAGCAGAGUUGUAUCUUUAUACCAUUCUGGUAUCCUGUAAAUAUGUUUUUUAUAUAUUGGUAUAUUGCACAUAUGCAUUUUUGCAUUCAAUAAACUGGCAUUU